AUGGUGAUGGUAACUCUAAUUCAUGAUGUUUUGCUCGACGAUGGUGAUGUGGUGACCGGCGAGAUGGUGUGGUCUGGAGGAAGCGACAACACAGUGGUGGAAGCAUCGAGAAUACUUGUGGCUUAUGAGCUGUUGGUGACGAAAGGUAUCCUCGAGGAAGAGAGAACAGAACACUUAUCGUUGUUCUUUCCUUAUUCUUCACGCUUCCUCUCUUUUGUUCUUCUUUCUUCUAAGGUUCUUUUCCUCUUCUCUUCCAUGGUUGAUCCCUCUGGAACCCUUCCCACUGAAGUUAAAUACAAGUUCCUGGCUGAGACGUAUGGCCUCUCUUCAGCGGACGGGGUCGAGUUCCCAUCACCUGGCUCAUCCAUUAUGUCUCCUCUUCCUGGAAAGGUGGGGGUCUAUCUUAAGACCCUUGACGCCGGACUACACCUCCCCCUUACUGAUUUCCAGGAGGAGGUCUUGCAGAAGGACGGUUGA